CUUUUAAUAUAUAAGGGAUACUGGAGUAUAACGUUGGUACAUGCUCUCAGAAUACAAGAUUAGUGACACAAAUACAACUGUGUGGUCAAGAUAUCAGUUUAAGUUUUAUUAUUCUCAUCCAACGAAGACUAGAAAACAGAGUAUAAGGAAAUGAUAUCAUUGGAUACAUGGACUAGACCAGGUGAUAAUCUUCAUUCAAACAUUGAACGCAUCUAGAUUCAGAAUAUUAAGAUUUAUUACUAGUUUUGAUAGUGUUUAAUCGGCUAACUAUUUUACUAAAUUCAGAAACAAAAUCCAUAUAGUUGACCCUUUAAAAAUCAUCAGAAAUCGAAUUGAUCUAUAUAUAUAUAUAUAUAUAUAUAUAUAUAAUUAAGAACAAUACGUUACAUACUCAUUAUCUAAAACCACUUAAGAACUGAAAAGCUGCAUAACACAUAAGAAAAUGAGUAUUUCCAUUUUUCUCGGCGUAUCCACCGUCCUCGCCAUUCUCUACGCAGUUCAAGCCACAGCAAUAUGGGACCAAGAUAAAGCGAUGGUGCAAUGCGUAGCAAAACUAACUCCGUGUCGUCCGUACGUUAACUCCGAGGCUCCUCCGCCGCUGUGGUGUUGCCAUCCGCUGAGAAAGAUCGUGGAGAAUGACGCGACAUGUCUAUGCGAAGCCUUCAAACAUCCAGACAUGUUGGCACUCAUUCAUCUCACCCAAGAGGCUGCUCUAAAUCUCAUUAGUUCAUGUGGCGUUAGUUAUGAUGCUUCAAGUUGUGACGCUGAUUCUCCCUCUGAUGCGUCGACCGCGGGAUCUACGACCAAGAGCUCUUCCGUCAGCACCUCCAAAAAUGCAGCCCUAGCUAUCAGUUUGUUGGGAGUAAGCUUCGUUUCUGCUUUCACAGGACUUUGAUCGAUUCUUCUUCAAACCAAAAAUGAGAUUUAUGUUCUGUUAUGUCUCAAUUUUCCAUCAGUUGUGACCGAGCAUGUUAGUAUGUAGUAUGUAGUCUCUUUUUGGUUUGAGUUGUAUUAAUGACAUUGUCGCCUCAUAAACUAUAUACAUGUUUAAAAAUGUGGUGCGUGAUACAACAAAAAAACAAGAAUUGCCAU